AUGGGCCAGAGUCAAAGACGCGGCGGGCGUCGCGACCACAGGCUCCCUGAGGACCUCACCGUGCUCAGGGCGGACGAUGACACAGGCUCCCAGCGGCAGCGGGAAACGGGUCCUACCGGCAGCCGGAGGCCGGGAGGAAGGAGGAGAAAGCGCAGGCCCGGCCCCUCCGCCGAGCGGAAUGCACGUCGGCGGCAGCGGCGGCGGCGGCGGCGGCGGCGGCGGCAGCGGAACAGGCGGGCCAGGCGCCGGGCUGCACCUGCGCGCAAGCCGCGCGCCCCACCCCGCUCCGCCCCGCGCUCCCCCCAUCCCGUCCCGCCCAUUGGUUUGGCCGCGGGAGGCGGGAGAGGGUGGGAGGAGUCGCGCGGCGCCCGAGCUGGCGGGAGCUGGAAAACCAUCCUUGCAGGCCUGAGCCGGUCACGCAGGAGCGCGCGUCUUCCGCCAUCCCUAUACGUGGGGCUUCUCGGCCCCGGAUCUCCGCUUCCUUACCGGUGCGCGCCCCCGUGUUUCUCGCACACGCUCGCUUGCCGCCUUCCAGCCCCACACUUCACCCGCCGCUUCACCUCGAAGCACCCUCGGCCUGACCGCCCGCGCGGAGGCGGGUCGCCUGAGGUCUGGCGAUCAGCCGCGCCAGCCCCGCUUGGCCGCCAGCUGAGUCCUCGGGGACCACGGCCCCAGCUCGCCUCCUUUUCCUAUAACGCUCUUCAGUCAAUCCAGAUGUUUACAGGAAAUACAGUGGAUGGGAGGACAAGUUGAAUUACACUAUGAAGAAACAGUUAUCCAAAUCCAGAAGGUAAGACAUUCUACAGGGUAACUGACCUGAUUUUGUCAACAAGUCAAUGGCAUGAGAAAAUAAAGGGAAAGACGACUGUUCUAGAUUAAAAGAGACUUAAUUACAACAAAAUGGAAUGUGUUAACCUUGUUUUAAUGCUGAUUUGAACAAACCAACCAUAAAAAGUGUUUUUGAGAUAAUCAGAAAAAUGUGAUCAUUAUCAAUGAGGGAUAUUAAUGAAGUAGUGUUAACUUUUAGGUGUGAUGAUAUUAUAAUAUGUUUUUUUAAGUCCUUAUUGUUUAGAUAUAUACAGAAGUAUUUAAGGGUGAAAUGAUAGAGAAACGUCAGACAUUUGCUUUUAGAAAUACAGAAGAGAAAGGAAAGAGGAAGGAAGGGAGGGAGUGAUAAAUGAUAGAUAUGGCAAAAUGUUGAUAAUUGUUGAGACUGCUAGGCCAAAAGUUCUCAAAAGUAGUCCCCAGACCAGCAGCGGUAGCAUCAUUUGAGAAUCUGUUAGAAAUGCUAAUUUCUAAACUCUGAGGGUAGGGCCCAGCAAUUUAUAGUUUAACAAACCCUCCAGUUGAUUCUGAUGCAACUAAAGUUUGAGAACCACUGUGCUGGACAAAAGGAGGUCUGAGAAUUUUAAGUGUUGAAUAUUUUUCAGUAUGUUUGAAAACUGUUAUUAUAAAAAGAAAGUUAAAAAAAAAAACACAAGCAUUUGUGGUAUAUGCAAGAGUCUGAAGGAGAAUAAAUUGUAACUACCUGCAGGGGUUUGUCAUAGCAUAAAUAACCCUAAGAAGUGAAUUACAGGGCAUGUGAAUUAUCUCUCAAUAAAGCUGUUUGACAGAGAAAGUAAGUUAGUGUGUUUUUCUGUGGAUCUCCUUGAAGGUGCCUUUCUAAGGCUUGUAUUUUAUUUUUUUUUUUAAGACAGGCUUCCCUUUCAUUCUCUCCUUUAAUAAGCA